UUUCCUCUCAUCUCCACAGAUUUCUCAGAGGAGAAUGGGUAGAAGAAAUCAAUCCACAGUGACCGAGUUUCUUCUUUCAGGAUUGACUGACCAACCAGAGCUUCAGUUGCCCCUUUUCUGCCUCUUCUUAGGGAUUUAUAUGGUUACUGUGGUGGGAAACCUGGGCAUGAUCUCCAUAAUUGGGUUGAGUUCUCAACUUCACACCCCCAUGUACUAUUUCCUCAGUGGUUUGUCUUUUGUAGACUUCUGCUAUUCUUCUGUCAUUACUCCCAAAAUGCUGGCAGGGUUUUUAUGCAGAGAUAAAGCUAUCUCCUAUUCUGGAUGCAUGAGUCAGUUGUUUUUCUUCUGUAUUUUUCUCAUUUCUGAGUGCUACAUGUUGGCAGCAAUGGCCUAUGAUCGCUAUGUGGCCAUCUGCAGCCCCCUGCUCUACAAUGUCAUCAUGUCCCCUAGGGUCUGUUCUCUGCUGGUGGCUGCUGUCUUCUCAGUAGGCUUUACCGAUGCUGUUAUUCAUGGAGGUUGUAUCUUAAGGUUGACUUUCUGUGGCUCAAACGUCGUUAAACAUUACUUCUGUGAUAUCAUCCCUCUUAUUAACUCCUGUUCCAACACUUAUAUUGAUGAGCUUUUGAUUUUUGUCAUUGGUGGAUUUAACAUGGUGGCCACCAGCCUGACAAUCAUCAUCUCCUAUGCUUUUAUCCUCUCCAGCAUCCUCCACAUCCGUUCUAAAGAGGGCAGGUCCAAAGCCUUCAGCACCUGCAGCUCCCACUUGACAGCUGUUCUUCUGUUUUAUGGGUCUCUCAUGUCCAUGUAUCUCAAACCUGCUUCCAGCAGUUCACUCACUCUGGAGAAAGUGUCCUCGGUAUUUUACAGCAUUGUGAUCCCCAUGUUGAAUCCCUUGAUAUAUAGUCUGAGGAACAAGGAAGUGAAAAAUGCACUCAUGAAACUCUUAAGAAGAAAAGCAUUUUCACAAUGA